AUGGUUAUGCUGAAGAUUUCAUCUUUCCUUGCUGUUUAUGCCUUGGUUGUGUGCCAGAUGGACAGCUUCCAGGCAGCCCCAGUCAGACCUGGCUUGGGGUCCAUAACAGAUCGAGUGACUCUCAGUGACUACGAAGCUCGGAGGUUGUUAAAUGCGCUGGUGAAAGAGUUCAUACAGAUGACAGCAGAAGAGCUGGAGCAAGCCUCCGAGGGGAACAGCCUGGAUAGACCCAUUUCCAAGCGCUGUGCCAGUCUGAGUACUUGUGUGCUGGGCAAACUGUCUCAAGAAUUGCACAAAUUGCAAACUUACCCUCGCACUGACGUCGGGGCUGGAACUCCUGGCAAGAAACGGAAUGUGCUGAGUGACCUGGAACAUGAACGCUAUGCAAGCUAUGGGGAACCCCUAGGAAACAACUAGACAUGCUUAUUUCUCCCCCUCCUCCCCCUUUUUUA